AAAGAUAUCAAAUAACAUUAAGCGACCGCACGAAUAUCAUUUUUCACAAUACAUCGAAUCAGCAAAAAGAGUAACUCCGAAGUCUAAUAGACGAGGGGGUCACGAGGUCGUAUAAGUUCACACGAGGCAUCAAGAACCAGCUUGACGUAUAACACAAAAAAUAUUUAUCAUUCCAUUUUAAACUUCCAUCCUCUUCACAUACCAGGCUAAUUUAUUUCUUCAGCAUUAAAAUAAUAUCUCGAGUUUAAGCCAAGACCGCCGAUAAAACAACAACUAAUUUCACAUAAGUAACAGUGUUACUUUCGUUUACGAGUCAGGUUAUUGCUGUUACGUCAAGUUAGCUCUGAAUUUAAAGAAGCAGCUAACUGCGACCAGGUGUGUUAUGAAUUAGACGGCGUAAUAAAUUCUCCACCUACGUACUGCUAAAAAAUUUCAAGUUAAACUUUUAAAACUAUCGACACGGCUCCAAAACAACACAACACAUUAACAUGCAAUUGGAAGAAAUAAAAUAUGGAGGUGCCUAAGAAUUUAGAGGAUGUUAAAAAAUUGAUUAAUUCAAUGGAAAACGAUGUUAAUAUUUAUAAUUUAAAGAUGGAAGAAAAUGACAUAAAACGUUUGGAAAUAGAACGGUCGAUUUGCGAAACUGAAAUGUUAAUUGAGAAAGCUUUACACAUUAUUAAAACUAAUCAGAUAAAGAAUGAGGAUUACUUUAACAAAAUUAGCAAAGUCGGUAAUAACUUUAAAACGUUAAGUGAAUUUACUUCUAAUAGUCAGAAAAAUAAAUCUGUUGAUAAUCAACUUGUGAAAGUUAAAAGCUUAAAGAAAGACAAAAUUAAUCAUCGAAAUGAAUUUGAUAAAAUUAAUUAUUCAACCAUUGAUCUUCAGGUAAAAAAAGAGGCUAUUCAGCAAGUCAAGAAGAAGUUCAUUCAACUACAGGAAUGUAGUAAAGAAAUAUUAUCUAAGCUUAAUGAAUUUUAAUUCAUCUAU